GCAAUAAUAGGAAAUACUACAUGGGCACACGCGUGCUGAUGCGAAGUAAAUAGAUAAAGGUAGUGAAUUAUAGAUUCUCGCUUAUUUAUAUAAUGUAGCUCAUUAACGUAUACAUGAAUUAACAGUAAUAGCUGUGUUAGUGAUGCAGAAAUGAAGAUCAGGGUUGCAGCUGUUUAAUCACUUACUAGUUAUUUGUGUGUUUUUGUUGUAAGUGUGUCAUGUCUCAGCCAGCGGUAUUACAGCUGCGCCAAGAACUUAGAAAAUGCUUUCAGAGUUUAAAGGAGAAUCAGACUGUUUGGAAAGGAGUGCUUGAAGAAUGUACACCUUUAGUGAGUUCCUUGAGGAACCUGGCAGAACAGCUGAGGGCGCUGAAGAGCGUGGAAAUAGCAAACACUCCUCUCUGUACUUUCCCAAACCUACCAGAGCGCCUGCAGCACAAACUCCUGAAUGCUGUAGACACAGUCCUGGGGGAAUUAAGUGAGAAAGUGGAUGCUCUUGGCUCAGUACGAGAUUCCGUCUCUAAGCAGGUGUCUGCAGUUUUCCAGAUGUAUGAACAAAACUCAGAUUCACUUCCUAUCAGCACAUGUGUGGCCAGAUCUGCUCUCUCACCAUCAAUCGCUGACAUGCUGGAGUGGCUACAGGAUGCGGAACGCUUCUAUCGGAUACAAUACAUCCAGAGGAGGAACCUGCUCCAGCAGCUGAAGCCUGAUGAUCUUGCUCUUAUAGAGACUGUAACGAAGACAUGGACAUCUUUAUAUUCACACAAAGGAGAGGAACAAAUUUCAGGUGCACUCCUUCAAGUGUCCUUCUUCAUGGAAUCUGAUUAAGAAGUGCCUCCAUCUGGGGAUUUCUUCUCAUCUUCAGAAGUCACUCUGAGCCGUAAUGACCAGAGAGAAACUCUGUAACCCAAAGUUGUGACGUAUAUCGCCUGGUGCUUAUCCUCUCCUAUUACAACCGCUGUUGGUAGUUUACAGGAAUAAUAUAGUUUCUUCUUGUGAAAAAUUCCCAACAGGAGCCUCACAGCAUCCUCGAUCUAGUUCUGUUUUUCUGGAUGUACACAGAAUCACUGACGUUGUUCUUUUUCUUCAUGAAUUUUUAGUGAUUUUAAUAAAUUAUUUGUUUUGAUGUCGAGGACCUUUUAAUCCCAGCUCAUGUCAUUAACACACACUUCUCAAUAUUUUUAAUGAAUGAAGAAUUUUUUUGAAGAGAAAGCAGGGUUAUAUGAUAAAUAGUUUGACUGCUUUGCUUGAAAAGCAAUGGAAUAAUAGGACACGUGACAGUGUUUUUUGUUUAUCUCAUGUACAAGGUGUUGAGGAAUGAGAAACAAAUCCAUUGUGGUUUCAGAUCAUUUCAUU